GCUGGGUCGGUGGGGUUGGGCGGGGCGCGGCUGGGGAUCCUGGGCGCCCGUUAACGACCUGUCGGUUCAGGCAGGUGGGCCGCCCCAACGGCCACCAGCUAGGCCAAUUGUGCGCUAGGAGAGCGCCCUAGUUCCCUGGCGGGCGAGAUUGGCGAUCGGGACAAGAGAUUCGACGACCAGGCAUUGGCCAGCGACGGCCGCCUACCUACGACCUACGACCGACUGCGACUCUGGUAUCGUUGCCUUGAUGAAUGAACACUCGGCCCACGUGCUUUGGUGAGAUGCCGAACCGGAUUCUUGGCGGGCCAUGGGGAGUACGACGGGCUGCUUAAGAUGGACGGCGGCGCGACUUCAGCCAGGGGCGAACUGUACCACCGAAGUCAGCCAAAAUCGAGAUGAGACCGGCAACAGUAUUGGCGAGCCUGCAGUCUCUGGCUCUGGCUCUGGCCGCGGCCGUGACCAUUGCCGAGAUCAACGGCAACAAGUUCCUGUCGCCCUACUCGGGACAGACCAUCACCAACCUCACCGGCCUGGUGCUUGCCAAAUCGUCCAGCGGCUUCUACAUGCGGUCGACAACCCCCGACGACGACCCGGCCACCUCCGAGGCCAUCUACGUCUUCAGCAGCACCGCCGGCGCCGCCCUCAAGGUUGGUGAUAUCGUCUCACUCGACGGCAAGGUGGCCGAGUACCGGUCCUCGGCCGCCUACCUGUAUCUCACCGAGAUCUCGUCGCCCAAGAACGUCGCCGUCCUGUCGUCGGGAAACCCCGUCGUGCCCCUCGUCAUCGGCAAGGACACGCCGCCACCACCAACGGCGCAGUACAGCAGCCUGGACAACGGCGACGUGUACGGCCUGCCCGGCGGAUCCUCCAAUGUCUCGGCCGUCAAUCCCGUCCUGCAGCCCGCCAGGUAUGGGCUGGACUUUUGGGAGAGUCUCAGCGGCGAGCUGGUCACGGUGAGGAAGCCUACUGUCGUCACGCGGCCCAACAGCUACCGCGAGACCUGGGUCGUCGGCGACUGGCCCGCGACGGGCAGGAACGAGCACGGCGGCAUCACCAUGACUGACAAGGACUCCAACCCCGAGACCAUCUUCAUUGGCGCGCCGCUCGACGGCACCAAGAACCCGACCACGUCCAAGAUGGGCGACCAGCUGCAGGACAUCACGGGCAUCGUGCAGAACACGUUCGGCUACUACUACCUGCUGCCGCUGACGGCGCUCACGACGACGGCCGACGCCUCGGCCACGCCGCCCGCGACGUCGCUGGUCAGCGGCGGCAGCUGCAAGGCGCUCACGGUCGGCGACUACAACGUCGAGAACCUGGCGCCGACGUCGGCGCACCUAACCAAGGUGGCCGCCCACAUCGUCGACUUCCUCAAGACGCCCGACCUGGUGUUCCUGCAGGAGAUCCAGGACAACAGCGGCGCGACCGACGACGGCGUGGUCGACGCCAACACGACGCUCUCGACCCUCGCGGCCGCCAUCAAGACGCUCAGCGGCGUGGCCUACGACUUCACCGACGUCGACCCCGUGUCGGACCAGGACGGCGGCGCGCCCGGCGGCAACAUCCGCCAGGCCUACCUGUACCGCCCCGAGGUUUUGAGCCUGUACAAGCUCAACCCGGGGUCCGGCACUGAGGCGACCGCCGUGGUGCCCGGGCCGGCGCUGUCGCUCAACCCGGGGCGCAUCGACCCGGCCAGCGCGGCCUGGACGGCCAGCCGCAAGCCGCUGGCCGCCGCCUGGCUCGCCAAGGGCGCCAAGAAGCCGUUCUUCACCGUCAACGUGCACUGGUCGUCCAAGGGCGGCAGCACGUCGCUGCAGGGCGACGCCCGGCCGCCCGUCAACGGCGUCGUCGACCGCCGCCUGCUGCAGGCGAACGUCACGGGCUCCUUCAUCGCCCAGAUCCUCGCGCUCGACCCCGCCGCCCGCGUGAUUGCGGCUGGCGAUUUCAACGAGUUCGCCUUCGUGCAGCCCAUGAAGGACUUUGCGUCCGUCUCGGGGCUCGUCGACCUCGACAUCGCCGCCAAGAUCCCGCCCACUGAGCGUUAUACCUAGUAUGUGUCUUUUUUCCUUUCCCUGAAAUUUCCUUUCCCUGAAUUGUUUGAAUUGAGGGAGAAAAGAAUAGUUGGAGAAUUGGAGCUGACUCAAGCGCAGCAUCUUCGACAUGAACGCCCAGGAGCUCGACCACAUGUACGUCAGCCCCGCGCUCGCCGCCAGCAGGGCCACAAAGUACGAGCACAUCCACGUCAACACGUGGGCGACGGCGUCGGGCGCCGUGUCUGACCACGACCCUAGCGUCGCGCUGUUCAAUGUGUGCGGCUGUUGAUU